AGAAACUGGGGGACUGCACUUCAAUCCCCUCCCCUCCCCUCCCUGUCCGGUCAGUCCUAGAAAGAAUGAAGAGAAGGACAAGAAAAAGACAAAGAAAGGGGAAAAGGAGAGGGAGGAGAAGGGCGAAAAGGAGGAAAUGAACAAGGGGGAGAAAAAAAAAAGUAACAAAGAAGGAUAAGAAGAAGAAGGAAAAGAAGGAAAAUAAGGAGAAAACUAAAGAAAAAGAAGAAGAACCAGCCGAGAUUUGUAUGAUUGACUUGGUGAACUCCAUGCUCGGUGUCCAGGUCCUGUUCUGGACUUUGGUUCUGUGUUUGGGUCCGACAGUCUGCGCAUCAGAUGGAGGUCGUCCUCAGGUGGUCGGUUCUCGUCAGCCAAUCGUGGCUGCUCUGGGUGAUGAUGUCAUCCUGCCGUGUCAUGUGGAGCCUCCACUCAAUGUCAAGGAAAUGACGGUGACUUGGUGGAAGCAUGACCCUGAAGACCCUCAGUGCAAAAACAAGUAUGUCCACCAUUACCAGGAUAACCAGGACGUAGAGGACAUGAAGCUGUCAGCAUACGUUGGGAGGACGACUCUGUUCACAGACGGACUGAAACACGGCAACGUUUCACUCAAGAUCACCAACCUGAAGCUGUCUGACCAGGGAAUAUACACAUGUUUCAUCAUAGAGUUAAAGACCCAACAGAGGGGAGCAACCAUUGUGCUUGAUGUUGAACCAAACUCCGUUAAAAUGAUGACACCAAAUCCCACAGAUCCCCAAUCUCCAGAUCCUAUGAAUGGGAUGGAUAUUAAAGCUGGUCGUUGCCAUCUUGGCGCUCUGAUCCCGUUUUUUGUCUGGGUCUUACUGAUCCUGUGUGGUGGAGUGUCAACAACAAAAUCUUGCCCCAAGUCAGCCACUUCUAGGUUCGGGGUGUCAAACCAGCAGCAUGUUCAGGUACAGGUGAACCAGCUGGAUCAGCAGCAGUGACACCUGAGCAGGUGAGCCGAGUGGAGUCCACCCAGGUAAUGCCGCAGUAAUGUGGCCCCCAGCUGUGUGGAGGACUCCAUCAUCUUUAACCUGAUCCUGAUCCCGGAGGACUUGGACUCCUUCCACUUGCAGAAGUUCUUGGAUGAUUCUUUAAAAUGUAUGAUUUGUUAAUAAUUGUGGGUGGCUGUGGCUCAGAAGCAGAGUGGGUCGUCCACUAAUUUGAAAGUUGUUGGUUCGAUCCCCGGCUCCUCCCGUUGCAUGUCGGAGUAUCCUUGAGCAAGAUACUGAACCCCAAAUUGCUCCCGAUGCUGCGCCAUCGGUGAAUGAAUGAGUUACUUUUUGCUCGCUGGGCUUUGCCAUCGCUGUGUGAAUGUGUGUGAAAGGGUGAAUGUGGCAUGUAGUGUAAAGCGCUUUAAGUGGUCGGAAGACGAGAAAGGCGCUAUACAAGUACAAUCCAUUUACCAUAAUAAUGGGUUCACUAUUUCCCAUAGGAUGGCUGUUGGGGGUUUGGGUCGCCAAUAUUAAGCUAUUGGAAGUAUUUAAGAUAAGAUGUAGACACAGAUGUAGACACAGCAGCAUAGGGGAAUAUAGUGUAAUAGUAGAGAAGUGGAAGUACAAUAAAAUAAGAAUAUUACAAAUAUUAUUAUAAUUACAAAUAUUUGAGCAGCUUUGACUAAAAACCAAACUGUACAUGUGCAAUAUUUGAAAGACCAGCUUAUUUUAUUUGUAUUUCGUAUUCCACUAUUUAACUCUCUAACUACUUUACUCACCUUGCUUUGCAUCGGCAUGUGAAUGGAUGAAUGGGUGAGUGUGGCAUGUAGUGUAAAGCGCUUUCAGUGGUCGGACGACUAGAAAGGUGCUAUACAAGUACAGUCCAUUUACCAUUUAAUAGGAUCAUGGUUGCAUAUGUGUGAAGGUGCGUUUUAUUCGGUUAUGGUGCUCCGACAUAAUUUUGGUGAAGUACUCUUUUAUCACUAUUUCAGCCUUGCUAUUAUGACUCAUCUUCUACAGCAUGGCUGUCUGUCUUUGUUUGAUUUAGGGUCAAAUGUGCUGUGCAUUUCACUUUUACUGGUCUUUUUAAAGCUGCAUUCUUUCACUUUUUUGCCACUGAUGUUACAUCAUGUUACAUCUGAUUGUGAUGGGAGGGCCUGCUUUGAUAAUCUUGCAUUGGGGCCCUACGCUGACUCACACACACACUGGCUUGACCCGCCUCUCUCUUUUUAUCUCUGUAUGUGUCUCUGUUGAGUUUUAGCUUUGUCUAUGCAAUGUAAAUAUAGGUUUACAGGCUCUGACUGCAGUUUGGAAUGACCUCUGCACCAGAUGAUGUGUUCACUGCCGUUCAACUGGCUUAUCCUCGAUGUUACCCCAUAAACCUCCAAUACUCCAGUCCUCCGCACACAGUCAGUGGAGAUAAACGCCAGCACAUUGGGAACACGGCGGUGACAGAUUGUGUGAGGCUCAUUGCGGAGGGCGAGGGUGUUCAGAGACCGUAAGAUUCCUAUAGUUU